AUGCGUGCAACUCCUGCUCUCGCAUUCCUUGCGGCGUUCCUGGCUUCGUCGGCGGUCGAGGUGCUUGCUGCUCCCCAGGCUGGUCUUGGGCUCGCUGCUGUCGACCGUAAUGGCGGCUACAAGCACGAUGCGGCUAUUCAGAAGCGCAUUCUAAAGAGGCAGGCUGAGCCCGACUGCGCCGCGGAAAGCUACCCUGGCUCGGCCCCGAAGCCGGUCAACGCUGCUUCUAGCAAGCACCACAGCAGCGGUCACCAUGGCGCCAACAGCCAUGUCGUCAAGCACCACAGCAGCGGUCAUCAAGGCGUCAAGCACACCAGCGGACACCACAACGCUACCGGCAACAAGGCUCCUAAUGCGGUGCCGGUAGGAUCGGUCAUUGCUCCGCCUGGCUCGGCUCCUGAGGGAUACAGCCCUGCUCCUGGUUCUGGCUCGCAGCCCCAGGGCUACGGUCCCGCUCCUGUCAACCAGCCUUCCAGCCAGGGCAACAAGCCCUCGAAUCAGGGAAGCCAGCCUUCAAGCCAAGGCAACCAGCCUUCAAGCCAAGGCAGCCAGCCUUCGAACCAGGGCAGCCAGCCUGCGCAAGGUGGUGCCGGUGCGGGCUCUACUCCUGAAGGCUACGGCCCCGCUCCUGGCUCCAAGCCGGAUGCGGGCGCUGGCAGUUCGCCCGCCCAAGGCGCUGCCGGUGCACCCGACAAGGACGGCGGCGUUCACUGCAGGGGCGUUCUGGGCAGCACGACGCUCCCGUCCAACGGCCCUGUCAAGCACGAGUGGUUUGACCCUGGGCUUGUGCAUCACGGCCCGGGCACGUAA